AUUAUUGAUGUAAAAGUUUGAAUUUUUACGGAUAGUUCCUUUCAGCCUGACUUUGUCUUACACGAGACUUGGAAUAAUUAGAAGUUUUUAAUAGCAUGAAAGCUUGUCAUGAAAUAACGAUUUCGUAUUCUUUAAAGAUUUAUAAAUGUUGUGUUUGCAAAAAUAGCCUAUGGCCAUUCUUUAAGUUCGCAAGAUGCCAAGCUUGUGAACUGCGAUUGCAUUGUAAUUGUCAAAGCCAGUUAAAGCAUCUUUGUCGGCCGAUUCAGGGUGGGAUUAGCAGCUCCAGUGAGCAUUCAGUGCGUGCCAAUCCAAUAAAUUUCCUGGAAACCAAUCUUCAAAUUGAUAUUGCUACGGCCUCAAACGAUUUUUCUAUUAAUAAUUAUCGAGUCUUGAAAUUAAUAGCGCGAGGGUCAUUUGCUACUGUAUACUUAGUAAAAGAUAAAGUUUCUGGUGAUUUGUUUGCAAUGAAAAUUUAUUCAGAAGAAAAGGCUCAAAAUAUAGAUUUAGGCUUUGGCAUUUCUUUGACUGCAGUUGCUAAUAACGAAAUUGAAAUAUUGUCUUCUUUGGAUCAUCCGAAUAUAAUACAGUUACUGGAAGUUAUCAAAAGUGGGAAUCAAGAUUGGUUGUGUUUAGUUUUCGAACUCGCUAACGACCACAUAUUGACUAGCCAGAAAGCCAUUGAGCCGCCUAUGAGCGAGAAGCAAGCCAGAAAUAUAUUUAUCCAAUUAGUAAAAGGAGUUGAAUACAUGCAUAAAAAUUCUAUAAUCCAUUGCGAUAUCAAACCGGAAAACUUACUUUUCAAGGAUAACGUUUUGAAAAUAUGCGACUUUGGAAUAAGCCAACGAAUUAUUUCCGGGUCGAGCGUGAAGUUAAGAGCUCAAGGAACUCGAGCUUUUUUCCCUCCGGAAAUGUGCAACUCAAAUAAGGAGGAAAUUGAAGGGGCCCCAUUGGAUAUUUGGGCAAUGGGCGUCACUCUUUACUACGUGGUUUUUGGGGUUCUUCCUUUUCAGGGCGACGCCGUUUUAGAGUUAUACGAUUCAAUAUGCAACUCAAAAUUGACUUUUCCUGAAAAAUGUUCAGCAGGUUUAAGAAAUCUUUUAGAGGGAAUGCUCUGGAAAGACUAUACAAAGAGAAUGACUCUAAAAAUGAUCAAGGCACAUGAAUGGCUGAAUAUAUAAAUGUGAAGUGAAGGCAAUAAUUAUAGUGAUAAUAAAGUUUAUAUGAGUUGUUAGUUA